UGCAGUACAGCUGCGUAGCUCGAGAGAUUCCACUUUCAGCCAACACCUCUUCGCCGAACUUAAAAUAUGCAAGCGCUACUGCUGCGGGCGGCGAGUUCCGGCGUUUCUCCGGCGACGGGACUCUCACCUCUAAACCUCCGUCAGAGGCUCACGCGCCAACCGUUCUCGUUCGACUCACUCUAUUCCCAUCGCAAUUCUCUCGUCUCUCCCAAAAGUGGCUCCAAAUCUCUUGAUAUAUUUUCUUCUUCGGUUUAUGGUGCUCUUACGAGCAGAGGAUCAAAGCGCUCGUUCACAGUUGCAUCUGCAUCGGUCACUCCUGCCUCCACUUCUCCGAACAAUGAAGCUGAUAAGGCAAAACUCGCUCACGUUGCAAAGAGAUUAGAGAGCACUUCAAGGUAUUUCAAGAGGCUGGGUAGUCUAGGAUUUUGGGGACAGUUGGUGUGCACGGUGGUGGCUGCUGUUAUUCUUUCCUUCUCCGUUGUUAUCACAGGGAAGAUUACAUCUCCUGCAACAUUUUAUGCUACUGCUGGCGGGAUUGCAGCUGCAUUUAUUUCAGUUUUUUGGUCAUUUGGGUAUAUUCGACUCUCUGAGAAGCUUCGGAAAACUGCUAAUGAUCCAUCCAAGGCUCCGCCUCGCGCUGAUGUUGUGAAAAGCUUGAAAAAUGGCAUAGCAGUGAAUCUUCUGGGAAUGGGUGCUGCUAUCCUUGGUAUGCAAGCAACUGUAGGAUCAUUAGUUGCAAAGGCUCUUACUUCUUCGGCAAAUCCUUAUUACCAGCAAAUCUCUCCUGGAUAUAGUCCAGUUCUUGCAUUGGAUGUUUUCUUGGUGCAGGCGUCGGCAAACACCAUACUUUCACAUUUCCUUGGCCUGGUAUUCUCACUGGAACUCUUGAGAUCAGUGACAUUACCUCCUUCCGAAGGUAGUCCAGUUCCUAGGUUAGCAUGAGUCUGCCUCCAACAGUUAAACGCCAUGUAUCUCAAAGCUGCAAUCAACAUGAUUUUAUUGCCAUAAUUGUUGAAAUGCCGAAUGUUCGAUUAGUGUAUGAGUUCUUCUAUUUCCAUGAUUAUGUCUUUCAUAUUGCAUUCUGUGAGUUCCAUUA